GUGUCGGCGUAGAAGGCGGCACACCCAUUUCCCACAAUCGUACUCACACAAGUCCCGCCCACUCUCUGAAUCCGAAGGUAGAGAGAGAAAGUUAAGAGGAGAGAGGAAAAGAGAUUGCUUUGCUUACUUAGAAAGUUGGCUACAGAUUUCUUAACACCAUGAUUAGCUACUAACUGUAUUUAGAUAAUGCACACUUUUCAACCGAACCACCCCAACCCCACCCCUAAACGGCACCGCUUUUGAGCAAUAAGUGGCGACCGGAGCAGCGGUUGGCGAUCCAUGGAUUGACAUUCGAAAUCCGCCACUGUUAGUUUUUGAGAAAUGGCGUGAGCUUUGAAGUAAAUGCUACAACUCAUUGUAUUCAUAGGCACUGCGGUGAUUUCGAUAUCUCAGUGGAUCGAGGGAGCAAGCGAUGGAGUCCAGGAUGGAUCAGUAUGAGCUCAUGGAGCAGAUCGGCCGCGGAGCUUUCGGCGCUGCCAUCCUCGUCCACCACAAGGCGGAGAAGAAGAAAUAUGUGUUGAAGAAGAUCCGCCUUGCACGGCAGACGGAGCGGUGCCGGCGAUCCGCCCAUCAAGAGAUGGCUCUUAUUGCCCGAAUUCAACACCCGUUUAUUGUCGAAUUUAAGGAAGCCUGGGUCGAGAAGGGUUGCUAUGUUUGCAUUGUCACUGGAUACUGUGAAGGUGGAGACAUGGCCGAGAUGAUGAAGAAGUCCAAUGGGGUGUAUUUUCCCGAGGAUAAACUCUGCAGGUGGUUCACACAGCUACUAUUGGCAGUUGAAUACCUGCAUUCCAAUUAUGUUCUACAUCGUGAUCUAAAACAGUGUUCCAACAUCUUUCUCACCAAGGAUCAGGAUAUUCGUCUUGGGGAUUUUGGUCUUGCUAAAACUUUGAAGGCAGAUGACUUGGCUUCUUCGGUGGUUGGGACCCCGAAUUACAUGUGUCCUGAACUGCUUGCGGACAUUCCUUAUGGCUUCAAAUCUGAUAUUUGGUCCCUAGGGUGUUGCAUAUAUGAGAUGGCUGCUCAUCGACCUGCUUUUAAAGCUUUUGAUAUGGCAGGAUUGAUAAGCAAGAUUAAUCGUUCCUCUAUAGGUCCUCUGCCUUCCUGUUAUUCGCCAUCCUUGAAAACACUAAUCAAAGGCAUGCUGAGAAAGAACCCUGAGCAUCGGCCAAGUGCAUCUGAAAUUUUGAGGCACCCGUAUCUGCAACCUUAUGUUGAUCAGUAUCGUCCAUCAUUUACCACUCGAACAGUCUUCUCCCCAGAGAAGCGUGUAUCUGUUGGUCAUGAAUCUCGGAGAAACAUGGCAGAAAGCCACAACAGUAAUGGGUCAAGCAGUGAUAAAGAUGGUUUGCCUUCAACUGAGAAAAACAUUCCAGAAAUGGACACACACUGUGAUAAUAAAGCUACUGAGACAGAUAUAAUUUCUCUUGAGGAUGAAGAUGGCUUUGAUCAGCUCCUGCCUACUGAAGAACAUGACCGAAAUAUGUGCACUUCAAAAGUGGAAGAACAGUUGAUGAAACCACCUCAUUCUGAAUCUAAUGUUGAAUCGAAGCAACCAAAGACCAUUAGGAAUAUAAUGCUGGCUUUGAGAGAAGGAAAAACUAGGGAACAUAGCUCACCAAUGAGAAGUAAUCGGUCUAAGGUUUGUCUGCCGCAAAGAACUAAUGUAGAAACAGUGUCUAGAAUACCCAAGCUGAGUGAUGUCUCUCCUGUUAUCAAGCCCAGUCCCGAUGCACCAACUGUUGCAUCUUCAAAAGCAACCCUCGAUCCUGCAAAACGGACACAGGGAUCCCAUCCUUUAAAGCAUCAGUUGCCAGUAAUUGAAUACUCACCGAAAUCUAAACCCAGACAUGAUGGUACUCCCCCUUUUCCUAUAAAACAAGUUGAAGAUGGACUUCCAAAGCCUAGGCAAAGAACCCCUCCUACACUGGCUAGACGUCCUUCAUUCCCUGUACGGAUGAAGCAAGUGGGGGUCGAUGUUCCGAAUGCGGUGAACUAUGGUGCAAGGAUAAGUCCAAGGGAGAUAAUCCAGGAGCCUGAAAAGAAUCCCCCUCAAGUGCCCAAUGGUUGCCUAUCAAACUCUCCUAGAGAAGUCCCGCAAGAGCCUCAAAGAUAUCAAGAAACUAUUUCAAAAGGAUUGCAAAUGGACAGCAGCAAUUCUGUCUCCUCUUCUGCGUCAAUUCAAGGAUUUGAGAUUUGUGAUGAUGCAACAACUGCUUUUAUUGACAUGAGAGUGCAGGUGCUUCCUGAUUAUGGGAGCGUCACCCGCACUGAGAGUACAGAGUCUCAACGGAGCUGUUCACCCGCUUCUCAUUUUCAUUCAGUGAUAUCUGAAACUGCUGAAAAAGAUGGGAAUGAUAAUAAGUCUGAAUGCUUAAUUGAAACCUCUGAGGCUAUUCUAGAUCUUCAGAAUACAGCUGCUGGUGACCAACAAGUGAGUUUAACUGCCACUCUCAAUCUCCCUGACCGGGUUUCUGAAGAAAGAUUUAUUUGUAAUGAUCAUACCCCUGUAAGUAUGCCCAGUUGUACGCCUGAUACAGUGGAUCAAGCAAAACAUACAUCUACAUCUAGUGGUCACGACAAGUUCACUGCAAGGGAACAUCAAUCCCCAGUAGCGGACACUACCCUUUCUGUUGCCCCUCCCAUUUCAUCAAGCCAAAAUUUAUUUCAACAAGAUCGAGGAACGGGUUUGCAAAAUCGGUUAAUGGAAAAGUCGGCUGCAGCUAAUCUUGCCCCUGCUUUUGAUGACAUCAUACAUGUGAUUAGGCAUAGUAGUUUUCGUGUUGGGAGUGAUCAACCAGUAAUGGAAUCCGUGGAGAUGGGGGUUCAGAAUGUGGAUGUUGGUAAGAUGAUAAAUGUGGUAAGGGAUGAUUUGGAGAUGCGAAAUGCGACUGACCUUGUGGCUCAGAAAUCAUCAAACUCUGCUGAGACAGUGAGCCCAGAAUCAAAUAACUCUGAUCUCUCUAAUGUGAAAGAACCCGAGAUAAGAAACCCCGUUCCUUCAGCAAAAAUAUCCGGAUCCUCUGAGCCUACAAAGUCCAGUCCUCCGGCGGAAGAGGAAAUACCAGAGAAGGAAAUCAUGGAUGUCAAGUCUUUUAGGCAGAGGGCAGAAGCACUAGAAGGACUACUAGAAUUGUCUGCAGAUUUGCUGCAGAAUAACAGAUUGGAGGAACUCUCAGUUGUUUUGAGGCCUUUUGGGAAAGAUAAAGUCUCCCCAAGAGAGACGGCUAUCUGGUUAGCAAAGAGUCUGAAAGGAAUGAGGAUUGAGGAUGGCGGUCGGAGUUCAUGAAGCAUUCUUCACUGUAAGCAUUCUCAGUUUUUUGUCAUGCCUCAGAAAAUUCAAAUCCAAUUUGAAUUACAAAGACAACGACCAGGUCUCGAUUUUUCGCUCUUUUUUUCUUCCUUUUCCUUGAUUUUGUAAUUCUUUGCAUGAAUUUGGUUGUACAUAGCGACCAUACGAACUCUAACAUUGUCUACUCGCCAAGUGUAUGAUACGGUGUAGCUUGCAGUCAAUGUUAUUAGGCUUUUUAGCCAAAAUAGUCUUUGAGAUUUGCAUAACACAUCACUUUGGUCUUUAAGAUUUGAAAUCAAUAAAAGUGAUCCCUGAGAUUGUCCAUCAUCAA